AUGGGCCAGGUUUACGAAUUGGUAGGACUAACCGAACUCUAUUACGCGGGUAGUCACGGGAUGGACAUAAUGACUCCUGUAAAUCUAAAUGGGUCCCCUGAAGACCCUAAUUGUAUAAAAUCUACUGACCAACAGAUCUCUGUGGUCUGCCACGUCAACAACGAUAAACGAUGUCUCCUCCGACUUGUCCACCAGAGCGUUGAUACUCCACCAACCAAUACAUUGUUGUUUGUUGUUAUUUUCAUCCUCGACAACGACGAUGAGUGA